GUCAUGGCGGGAGAGACAAGCUUCAGAACAGCGGCAGGACUGGUUUGGGUUUGUUUUACGAUUAGCUGCCUUUUUUCAACCACUUCAGGUAGCUCGCUGUUGAUAAUCCCCAUCAAGGAUGGAGAGAUCAUCAGGCAGCCGGAGCCUGGACACUUCUGCUACAGCAACAAGCUGGUACCAGGCUGGAAGGAGACCUGGACCAGAAUCCAGAUCGAAGUGCGUAGCUCUCAGAAGUUUAAGGUGACGGUGGUGGAGGAUGAAGAGAAGUUGAAGGAGCUGGAGCAGUUUAACUUCUGGAACCUGUUUCACUAUUUCAUCAAAGAAAGAUCCAAUGAGACGACCAUCGGCGUGAACCUCUUCAGCAGCAAGACCUGCUUCAAAGUGGAGCCCUCUGACAAAACCUCCGGCUACACCAUCGCGGUCACUCGCAGGUUUGAUCCUUACCUGUUCCUGGUGUUCCUGGCUGGCUUGUUGCUGUUUUUCUGUGCAGACACACUCAGCAGAAGUCCAGCUUUCUUCUACUCUGCUGGUAUCAGUACAGGAAUGAUUGCAUCACUCAUCGUCCUGGUUUUCAUUGUAGCCAGGCUCCUCCCCAAGAAAAGUCCCUUCUAUGUGCUGCUGGUGGGAGGCUGGUCCUUCUCUCUGUAUCUCAUCCAGCUGGUGUUCAGGAACCUGCAGCACCUCAUCAAGCAGCACUGGCAGUACGUCACAGGCUAUGUGAUGCUGGUGGGCUUCCUGAGCUUCGCUGUGUGCUACAGGCACGGCCCCCUGGUGGAGGAGCGCAGUAUUAACCUGCUGAACUGGGUGCUGCAGUUGCUUGGUCUCCUCCUGCUCUACGCAGGGAUCCAGGUCCAGCAGGUGGCAGUGGCGCUCAUCAUCGCUGCAGUGUGCGCCAAGAAUCUGGAGUACCCUGUCCGACUGGGCAUCGCAGUGCACGGUAAGCUGCGGCGCUGGACAGCCAAGCCCGAGCCCCCUCGACUGCUAACUGAAGAGGAGUAUCGGAAGCAGGGAGAGGUGGAGACACAGCGUGCCCUGGAGGAACUCAGAGAGUACUGCAACAGCCCUGACUUCAGUGCCUGGAGAGCUAUCUCUAGGAUAGGCUCGCCCAAAAGGUUUGCUGAGUUCGUGGAGGGCGGAUCUCACCUGAUCCCCAGCGAGGUGUCGAUUCACGAGCAGGAGUACGGACUGGGGGGAUCCUACUUCGAGCAGGAGCUCUUUGAAAACCAGGAGGAAGAAGAGAUGAUUCCCCUGCAGGGAAAUCACAACUCUGUGUGAAAAACACCAAGACUGAACUCCACACCUCCGCCUGGGUCAAAAUAACCUUAAUCCACAAGAGGGGGGGGGUGUCUCUCUCCAGGGUAAACUCAACUGUUGCUUUCAGAUUCUGUGUGCUGAAAGCUACUUUGACAGUCUGAGUUAAGAUGGAGAUCCUGAUUUAAACUUCUUAACCUCCUGUCCUCUCAACUGGUGCUGACAUUUGUGCUUUGAGUUAUUUUAAAAGGUAAAAGAGCGAACACUGCUGUGAGAUUAUCUGCUUCAGCAGGGGGUGGUACAAAUUGUUGACAAGCAGUCUGAACAGUUUUUUAGUGAUUACUUGUGAAUGUGAACACACGAAGAUAACUGAAACAAGAGCUUUUGUGUUGAAAGGAUAAAGUGAUUGUUGCUAAGAGAACUGGUUCCAUACCUGUUCUCCACCAUGCACACCCAUUUCCAAUAUACAUCUCCUGAUGUGCACUUCUGAAAAACACAUUGCAGCAAACAUGUAUCUUUAUUUAAAAACAGACCUGCUUGGUUAAAGAGUUUGCAAGCCGUGCUUUUCAAGUUGAACUUCCUGGAGCAUUUACCCUGGAGAAUGAAAUUAUCACCACCCUGUCAGGGCUGCCUUUGUGUGUGUGUGUGUGUGUGUGUGAGAGUGAUAGUGUGUGUGUAAGUAACCAGCAUCCUCAUCCAGUGACUGGCGGUCUUUACAGCUAGUAAGAAGCGUUGACUAUGAAGACACUACUGGGGUGAAAUGACCAAAGAAAUAAAGCAGAGUUCCUGGAGGACAAGGUCUGGUUCAGUAGCUGAUCUCAUGGUUUAAAAAGUCCAUCUUUGCUAAAACACGUGUUUAUUUAAAAACUGCUAAUUUGAGACCAUUUUAGUGAAUAGAAGGUAUGAUUUAGAAAAUUGACUUUUUGCUACAACCACUAAGUUUCAAUUGGCCAAAAUAUCCAACAGUUCAGCCUAGUUUUCUUAAGACUUUUUUUUUCUUCUCUUGGUGAAAAUAUGAACUUGGCAUAUCUGGGGGCAAGACUCCACUAAAGGAUAGUCCAGUUAUUUUCCCCCACACCAUUUUGACAGAGCCGUUCAAGUUGUUCUGUAUGUGCCUGGAGACCAAUGCACUGUAAUUCUGCCUAAUAUUCAUUAUAGUAUUUCAAAUGAACAUUCUGCCUUAAGUUUUUUAUGGCCACCGACAAGCAUGUUGUAUUAAACACAAUGUAAACAUGCCUAAACGGCUACCUUCCUUACUUCAUGCUCUUCCAAAUGCAUGCAGAAGCUUUACAGCCCAAUACUGUUUCACUGUCCAGUGGUUACCUACUCUUAUUCAGCUCUUAUUUCUUGUUUGGAAAUGAUACUUUUUCUCUCCAUUGUUUUUUAGUAUGAUCACAGUUGCAUUUUUAAAUUUGCAUCGCGUUCCAUGUUGAGAUGAAAGCAGCGAUGAUCAAUUAGCAACUGUUAGUCAGUUUUCUGUUUUAUGUUUGAAUUGGAGACAUGUCAUUUCUUACAGCCCCACGUGGGGGAUUGAAAAUCUUAGAAAUACUGGGGGGGGGGGGGUGAAUUCAAUGAGAAACAUUCUGAGUAGAAGUCUCUUUCAGUUUCUUUAAACAUCUGAAGACCUUGUGAAAACUUCUAGUUUGAAACGUUCGUCAUUGAAUUUUACUUUCUUUUAGUGUUUCUAAAUCUGGAACUAUUUAGUGUUCAGUAGUUAUGGAGGAUUUAAAAACUUUGUAUCUUCUCUUUGAGCCUCAUGUCCUCUCCAGAGCCAUGAUCUUGCUAAGACAAAGGAAUAGGAGUCCUUCAUCACAAGCCAGUCCAGACCUGCCAUGUUCCUCGGCCAUCGCCUUGUUAUUUUUAUAAGGUUCAAUGUGUGCUUUGUGUGUCUCUUGCUAUGGUUUUGUUUAGUCGUAUCCAUUAAUAGCUAUUCCUUCAUGUAGAUUUUUUCAUACACAUGUAGAGACUGCCAUUGCAGGCUGUUGUAAACUUGCAAGAAAACCUGGAAUUUCUCCAUUCCAGUUCCAGCAACUGUCAGUGAAAGUUGAAAUGAUAUCUGGAGUGUCGUGUUCACGAAGGCUUGGAGCUGAGAAUGACUGGUUUAACAGAGAGUGGUGUGACCUGUCUGAGCAGAGUUACUGAGGCAGCUGGCUUGCUUUUGUGUUGUUUUGUUAUUUCUUUAAAUAUUUCAUUAUUUUGUAUGUUAAUGUUCUUGUGUGUGUAAUAUA